AUGGGUAGAGGGGUCGCCUGUGACGUCUAUCGGGUAUCACCUGUGACUUCUGUGCCGGUGUUGCAAAUUCGCUGGCUAAAGAAGUCACAGGGGCGUGCUGGCAUUCCGACAGGCUUUCAAACAAGUCUUUCCGUGGUUUCCGUGGACUUUUCCCUUUGGUUGCAUGACCAGGCCCUGCCCACGAGAAGUGUCCAAGAUUUCCUCAUUGCAGUGCAGGUUCGUGUAGCUGUCGGGGCCAAGACCAAGUCCAAGGAUGCCCCGCAUUACUUACUGGAGACUUACGCAAACCUUGACAAGUUGGAUCAGGCUAUGGCCUUCCUCGAAGAGUUGCAAAACACUGAGGCUCGAUGGCUCGUCCGCCACGAGAUGCCUCGUUUUGGCCUUUUACCAAACGAGGGCUCCUUGAAUCUGCUCAUGGAUUCAGCAGCUCGAUCUGGACCUCGUUACCUCGAUGAAGCGUUUGAUAUUCUAGAGGCCGAUCCGACAGCUAGUGCUGUUCUGGACGCCAGGUACACUGUCUCCAUCCUUACCAAGCACCUAUCUGACAGAAUCUCUGACAAGAGGCGCGUUCCCCGAGGAGUAGCCAUGGUGGAGCGCUUCCUGCAGACUCAGCCAGAAGAUGUAGAUGAGGUUCUUGUCAACUCCUUGCUGGACGUCUUCUGCAAGCUUGGCGACAUGCCUCGGCUCGAGGCGACGCUGGGCAAGAUGAAGGAGUAUGGAAUCAAGGGCUCAGCUGUCACAUACGGAACCAUUGUGAAGGCAUAUGGACAUGCAGGCAACAUCGAUAGAGUAGUGGAGGCCUGGGCAGAGAUGCACCGAGAGGGUCUGGAGGCCAACGCGGUGACGUAUGGAUGCAUGCUCGACGCUUGUGUCAAAUGUGGUCACCUCGACAAGGCACUGCAGACCUUUGAGAUCAUGAAGCAGCGUGGCCUCCAUCGGAACACGAUUUUGUACGCCACGCUUAUCAAGGGCUUCGCGAAGUCAAAAGACCCGUCUGCAGCAAUGAAUCUGUACCGGGAGAUGCGCUCUGAGCAGGUUCCGUGCAAUGUGGUCGUCUUCAACAGCCUGAUCGAUGCCUGCGUCCGCGCAUGUGAUUUGCAGGGUGCUGCUGAGGUUCUACAGGAGAUGACGGCUACGAACGUGAAACCGGACCUGAUCACGUUCAGCACCUUGAUCAAAGGAUACUGCAGCAGCGGGGACUUGCCGAAGGCGAUGCGACUUCAAGAAGAGUUGCAAGCUCGUCAUCUCGAAUGCGACGAGAUUGUGUAUAACUCGCUCUUGGAAGGCUGCGUGAAGGCCGGUGACCUUCAGCUCGGCCUGCGCAUGUUCUCGGAGAUGCGGCACAAGCACGUCCGGCCAAGCGCGGUGACGUUUUCCAUUCUGGUCAAGCUUCUAGCGCAUGCUGGACGUCUGGAUUUGGCUGUGCACUUGGUUGCGAAGGAAAUGCGACAGAUACACGGCGUGCAACCAACACGGAUGGUUUGGUCAUGCCUCAUCACUUCCUGCUUGAAAUCGCGCGACCUCAGCAGAGCAGUCAUGGCCUUGGACCUUUUGGACAAUGAUGCAGUGUCGCUGGGGACUGCCUUGCCUUGGCGGGUGUCAAUGUAUGGUGCCGUCAUCGAGGCGAGCAUUGCACGCGGCGAGGUGGGCACGGCCCUGCAAUUGACUGACUGCGCCUUCAAUCGUGUGAAUCGUGCGGAACCAGAGCAGGACCCCAGAGCAGAGGUCUUGUCGGAGUGCAUGUUUGCCGUAGCUGCCGUAGCCUACGCCCCAUGGCCUCCAGAAUCUUUCACGAGUGCCUCUCCUGAGGGGCCGGCACUGUCUGUGGAUCUUCUGAGACGAGUCUUCGAGACAGCCGGCAUGCGGGGUUUGGAGGUGGCAGCCUCUGUUGGGAAGUUGGGACGACGCAGAGUGUUUGUGGAGGGAUUCGCGAGGGAUUCGGGCCAAAGCUGA